UACGUGGCGUCGGUUCUUGGAGAGGGGAGAGUCGGGUAUGUGGAAGGCGGAGGGGUCCCGAAGAAAGGCGGCGCGGGGAGUGACUCAGAAGCCUGUCCUUCAGCAUUUUUAAGGUCGUCUCCACCUUCUGACUGGGAAAAGAUGGUCAACGUCUUGAAAGGAGUGCUUAUAGAAUGUGACCCUGCCAUGAAGCAGUUUCUGCUGUACUUGGAUGAGUCAAAUGCCCUAGGGAAGAAGUUCAUCAUUCAAGACAUUGAUGACACUCAUGUCUUCGUAAUAGCAGAGCUGGUUAAUGUCCUCCAGGAGCGAGUAGGUGAAUUAAUGGACCAGAAUGCUUUUUCUCUUACCCAGAAAUGAAGCUAUUAGAUAUCGACCGUUUAGGAGUUACAAGUUACAAGUGCGAGAGACUGUCACCAUUCAGUAUCCUAUGUGAUUGAUUAGACUUAGGGAAUUGCUUAGGAGUGUGCUACAGGAAAGGCUGUGGUAUCGUUUCUUCAAAAGAAGCCACUGAACUGAUUUUCUUGUUCUGUAUUUUUUCAUAUGUUCCCUAGAAAUUAAAAAAAAAAAAAGAGCUUUAAUAGUUGGCUGUAAUUUGGCUUUUAUUAUACUUUAUUAUAAAUGUAAGUGAUUUUCUAUAUUUUUAGUGACAAUUUAAUACAUUAUGAAUAUAAUGGAUAUACUUUUAAA